ACCAGCAGCAUGAUCACAAAUCGCGAAGUAACUUAACGUCUAACGAUUGAUAUGUCGUUAUCGUUACUCUCUUACUUUAACGAAAACUGUUACGCUUAGAAAUACAUACUAUAUUGACGUAAUUACGUUUAUGUUAUAGAUAUUCAUUAUAGAUAUGGAAGUAGUUAGAAAUGUAUGGAAAAAUCCUGUUUUGUUGUAUAAAACCGUCUUACGGGCAUCAUUUAGAAAUAGAAGUAGCAGUUCAGCAUCAAAAGUAACAAAAAAGGAGAAUGUUUCUAUGCGAGACAGCGAUUUACAAUUAUCAAGUAUAGACACAGAUAUAACUGCGCAAAAUGAUGUAACAUUUAAUGCUCUUGUUUCAACAGAAGAGUUAUUAGCACAAAUAGGGUUGGCAAGGGAGUUUGCAACAGAUAGUAAAGUUGAACAUCCUUAUGUUGAUAAAUUAAAGAGGGUGCAAAUGAUUCUGUUUGAUUUGAGUCACGCUAUAUCAAAACCCAUACCUGGAAAAGCUAAAGCAUUUGAAAGUAAACAUAUUAAUGAUUUGGACGAAUGGAUAGCAGAAUAUGCCAAUCAACUACCUCCCCAGGAAACAUAUAUCAUUCCGGGUGGUGGUAAAGCUUGUUCUAUGCUACAUUCAGCAAAAGCGAUAUGCAAACGUGUAGAACGAAAUGUUGCAUUUUUGGUUCAACAUGGCUUAUUAAAUAAGGAAGCACAAAUAUAUUUAAACAAAUUACAAAACUUUCUAUUAACAACCUCACGAAUUGCAGCAAAGUGUGAUCAACGUACAGAAAAUAUAUAUAUUCCUAGAGUAGAGGUUGAAAAAAAUGAGGAUAACUGAAUCAAGCAAAAAUCUUGUAGACUAUUUCCUACUGCUUUUAUUAUAAAAAAUAACAUAAAUAACCGAAUACUUUACACAAAUAUUUCGCAAUAAUAUUAUUUUUAAAUAUGUUUUUAAAGUAGGCACGUUGUAAAUAUUCUAUAAUUAGAAAUUAUAAAUGUCAGUUACUGACUAUAUUGUAUUACUAUAUUAUUAAAUGUACAUAGUAAUUGAUUAAUAUAUUAAAGUAGUUGAUAUAUAAAGAUUUAAAAAAGAAAAUGUUAAAAGUACAGUAUAGUCUUAAAAUAUUAUACAAAGAUAUUUUGAUGUAUCGUCACGUAAAGUGGUCAUGAUUCAUAGAAUGUUUUGUUAAUUCUAAAUAAUUAUAUACGAUUUCAUUAAAAUACAUCUGUCUAUUUAAUUAACAAAAA